AUGCAGAGAAGUGAGGGGACAGUCGUGAAGAUGACGGCCAUGCUGCUGAGCCUUACGCUGGCUCUGCUCGGUGUGUUCCAGGCCCGGGCUGAGGUCCCCGUGCAGCCAGACUUCGAUGCUGCCAAGUUCUCAGGGAUGUGGCACAUCGUGGCAGCGGUGUCGAACUGCCCAAUCUUCCAGAGCAUGAAGGACUUGAUGAAGACAUUUGCAGCCAUCAUUACCGUCACACCAGAGGACAAUCUGCAUUUCAAAAUUGCCUACCCCUUACCAGACGGAUGUAAGAAAAUUGAGCUGGUCUUUGAGAAGACUGGGCAGCUGGGUCACUACACCAAUUCGCAGAUGGGCAAGAAGGACCUGCGUGUGAUGGAGACGGACUACACUCACUAUGCCAUCGUGUACACCUUCAAGGACAGUGACGGGAAGAGCAGCACCACCCUGCAGCUCUACAGUAGGUACCAGAAGGUGGACUCUGAGGUCAUGAAGAGAUUCAAGGAGCUCUACCCACCCAUGGGCCUCACCGAUAACAUGCUGGUCGUCCUCCCAAAGUCAGAUGAAUGUGUCAAGGCCCUCAGUCGCCACCAGCUGGGGAACCCAGCUCAAAGUGGAGAAUAG